ACAUGAUGUUCAAUUUUGAGCAUCAUAACGACUUAUGGUUUUACUUUUUUGAUAGACAAAUAGAAUCGCCUAAUGAUUAUAGAGCAUUUAAGUGCAUAUUCACGAUGCCAAUGAUAGAAGGUGUUGUCAACAUUUUAAUGAAUAAGAAAGAAUUUAAGGCAAAGGAACAUUUUGUUAGAAAACAAUUUAAUUACAUAAAAGAAAAAAUGAAAGAAGAAUUUCAAAACAGUUGGUUAAAUGAUACUUUGAAAGAAUUGGUAAUACAAGAAAUAGAAAAUGUAAAUCUAGAGAUCCGUGUAACCAACAAAAUAAAACAUCAAUUAACGUUAGAAAAAAAAGUUUUUUCAUACGAUUUCACUAUUACUUCUAAUGCUAUGCAAAAUUAUAUUAAUUUUAAAAAAGCUCAAGCAGAUCGCAUGGUUAAAUUAUAUUUAGAAAAUAUGAAUUUAAUAACGUCUAAUCAUGGAAGAAAGAAAAGAAAAGUAACAGUGGAUGCAGAAUACAUUGUGCCGGAAAAUAAAAUAAUGAUAGAGCCAACAAAUUUGUAUACUCCAUUCGUUUAUAUAAAGGCUCCACUUGCAUUCAAUUUUGGAAAAAUUGGACAUUUAAUUGCUCAUGAAUUGUCUCAUGCAGUAUGUUUUACAAAAGUUUUGCCACAAGACAGUGUUUAUUUUGAAAGUCCAUCUAUUGCACUCAACUUUGAUAAAAAUACCAAAUGUUUGUUCAAUCAGUACAAUAAGCAGAAUGUUGACGGUUUAAUAACCUUGAAGGAAAAUUAUGCUGAUAAUCUUGGAAUAAAAGUGGCAUAUAAUGCAAUGAGAUAUAUAAUAAAUAAUAAUUUAAUGUCAGAAAAACUGAACACCCUACCGGAUUUUCAAGUAUAUACAUCUAAACAAUUGUUCUUUCUUUCCUAUGCAAAUAUGCACUGUAGGACCUCUAAUAAUAAUUAUGUGCAUUCACCUGAAGCUGCAAGAGUCAACGUACCUUUAAUGAAUAUGAAGGAAUUUGCAGAGGCUUUUUAUUGCCCAGAAGGGAGUCCUAUGAAUCCAAUUGAAAAAUGUGACUUCUGGAAGAAUGAAUAUACAAAUAAUCAAAAUUAUAUUUCUUCAUAAAUACAUCUGGCUGUUUGGAUAAUAUUUAGAAAUCGUAAAAUCUUCUUAUUUAGAAAUAAACUUUUUGUACAUGUUUCCUUAAGAAACAAAUGAUAAUUUUGUUAUUCAACUGAUUACCAACUCUACACUUUUUUUUAUUGAACUUGUAAAAGUAUAAGAUUGGAGGUAAUCAGCCCUUUCUGGAUGAAUA